AUGGCGCUCGAUUGGGCCAAGGCGUUGCGCCAGGCUGCCAAGAUCCGCUCAUCCUCGCACCACCAGUGGAACCCCGAUUCCGCGGCGGCCGAAAGCAGCGGGCUUUCUGCGGGUGGCGGGCUUUCCGCCAACUCUCUCCCCGCUUGCCCCGCGCCCUGGGCGCUCUCCCCCGCCACCCCCUCGUCGUCCACGUCGGAAGGCGACAGCGCCGUAACGGUUACAAACGGAUGCAAGCCUUUCGCCGCGGCGAAGAAGCUCUCCGUCUCGCUCUCCGCGCAGGCCUCCGCGCAGGGCCCCUCCCCCGCUCGCGCUAGCUCCCGCCGAGGCAGACAGGUAGCGCCAAUGCAGGUUCCGCCUCUAGCGAGCCCUUCGACGGGUAGUUGCUCCUAUGGCGGGCGGGGGGGAGCGGUGGCGGAAGCGGGGAGUCCGCGGAGUGCUUCGUGGGUGGACACGGCGGUCGAGACCCCACGGGGAGUCAGCGGAUCGCCGCCGUCCUUCACGGCGGUGUCGCCGUUGCUUCUUCCGCCGAAUGCCGCGAAUGGCGCAGUGAAUGGCGCAGCGGAUCUUCCCUCCCGUUACCUCUCCUCUUCGCGCAAAGCAGCUCCCGCUAGGCGCGCGAAAAGGCCCGCUGCUGCGGCUGCACCUGCUGCCACCGCGUCGCCAUCCGCGGCGGAGGUGGAGACGGCACUCAAUGACUGGCUGACGAAUGUUCUUGCGCCGGCUCUUGCUGCGGGUGGGGCGGUAAGCGGCAAUGCGCCUGCGCCUCGGGCAUCACUUGCCAACGGUCCUGUUUCAAGCAAUAAACCGCUAGCCGAUUUCUCUGCCGGAUUCCAGCUUGGAUCUUCCGCACCCGCCUCCGUCGCGCCUCCCCCGCCACUUUCCGCGUCCCCCGCCAAUAUGCUGGCGGAGGAGCUGGUCGGGCAAUGGCGGAAGGCGCAACAGCUUCCCCGCGCGCCUGCAAUCCCCCCCUGCACGCAACCUGCGCCGGCGGUGGUACAGGCGACGGCGGAAACGCCCGCGCCUUUCCUGGCGCGACCAUCCUUCCCCCGAACGUCCUGUUCCGCCCCCGCGCCUUCCGCGUUCGACGGGCCGCAGUGCAACCCCGUCGCUUCGCCUCCGCCAGUUGCGCAGACUCGCAAUGCGCCCGCGCAUGUGCCGCCGCAUGCGCCAUUGCUCACUCCCGCGCAACCAUUGUCUCCGCCUGAGCCGGUGCACGCGCCCGCGCAGCCCGUGGCUCUGCCUGCGGAGCACUCCGCGCGCGGAGGCAACGACUCGCCGGAAGACGCCUUCGGUCCGCUCGCGUUCCUCGCCGGAGACCUGGACGAGUGCGAUCAGGUGAAACCUCAGGUGAAUCUGCAGAACGCUGUCGACGCGAAGGGGAAGCUGUCUGGAGCUGGGGGGUUGGACGGCUGCGCGAGUUUGUUUCUCUUCGCCGCCCAUGAUGUGCGGGGCGCGGAGCAGGCCGGAGGGGGGAAAUGCGCGGAAGGGGGAGAGUCUUUGGAGGAAUUAGCCGCACAGGAUAUCGACUGGCAGUCCCUGCUUGCACCCUGGGAGCCUGCUUCAGGUGGUUCUUCAGGUGCUCCGGAUUCGGAAUUCGACGCGGCUCCAGGCGAAAACAGUGGAGUUGCAGCGGUGGAAAAUAAUAAUGGGUCCAACGAUUGCCCUAGCGCGACCAGUCAGGUUGUUGCUAGUGGAGAUGGUGACCUGGCGCCCAUGUGGCAUGCUGACGUGGCGGAUCUGUGCAUGGGAGUGCCAGCGUGGAUUUCGCAUGAGGAUGUGGACGGUCUGCACCAGUGGGACUCCCACAGCUAUGAGGAGGAGCAUAUGCACUUAGCUAAGCGCCAACGCUUAGUCUAA